CCGUGACUGCGUUCAAGGUGUCACGGGCGGUGGCGGCGGCUGCGCUACCGUACGAGGUGGCGCGGGAGGCGCUGCGGCUGCAGGCGGGGCUGCAGCCGCUCAAGUAUGCGCUGUUCGCGAGGCGGGCGAGGCACCUGGUGCUGCAGGUCCGUGACCUGUGCCAGCGCAUGACAGUACGACAAGUGCGAGUGGAUGCGGACAAGAUAAGCAGCAGCGGCGCCAGCACCUCGCCAGCGUCCCAGCAGGCGAGCGCGUCAGCACCCCCCGCGGGGCGUCAGGACGGCAGCAGCAAGGGUGGCAGCAUCAGCACGGUCCAUGAGGCUGAUGCUGGUGGUAGCAGCGAGGGUACGGCACAACAGCAGCAGCAGGAGAGGGUGGUGUUGGCGAUUGUGGGGCGGCAGUAUGUGCCGUACAUUGAGGAGAUGUGGGCCAAUGAGCGGUCGGCGCUCUGGCAUGGCGAGGUGCCGCGCACGUUUGCACCAUCGGCACUGGAACGGCUUGGGUUAUCGUGAGGUCUGCGUAAUCGGCGUACCGGUAUGGGUCGGAGGUUGGUUGGUUGGGGCGGCGG